GACACGUUCAGCAGGGCACUAAUCCAGGAUUAGUCUAGCGUCAGCACCGGGCCCUUGGGUGAAAGGCUCUGCGUCGCCUGCAUUCUUCCUCAAAACACGCAAACCACUCCUCCUGCUACCUAUUUUCCACCAACAAACCAAACUUGCGGGGGAUGCCCAUGUCCUCGUUGUGAAUUUCCAAAGGCGUUCAUCAGAGGGAUCAUUUCUUAUUUUUCCUUCUAUUUUCCAGUCACAUUCACGAUACCUAAUACUCAACACUCGAGUUCGCCAAGAUCUUCAACGAACCGACCGAUCGAUCGUUAACCUCAACCUUCUCAGUUCGACGCGACCACGUUGCUUCAUCCCUGCCCUGAACUCCCGCCGCAGCCAUGGCGCCAGAAGAUACAUACUUCGAUGAUGAGGAGGACUGCUGCCCUCUUUGCAUCGAGGAGUUCGAUCUCUCGGACCGAAACUUUCGACCUUGCCCUUGUGGAUACCAGAUAUGCCAGUUUUGCUUCAACAACAUUCGGUCGAACAUGAACGGGCUCUGCCCAGCAUGCCGCCGCCCAUAUGAUGAGAAGACCAUACAAUGGAAGGUUGUCACGCAGGAAGAGGUCGCCGAGUUCCGAGCGAAUAUUCAGAAGAACCAGAAAAAGCGCGCCGCCGAACAGCGACAGAAGGAGGUGCAGAAACGCGAGGCCGAGAAGGAGAAUCGGAAGAAUCUAGUGGGCGUCAGGGUCGUCCAGAAGAACUUGGUUUAUGUGACCGGGUUGACCCCAACAGUCCGCGAGGACGAGUUGCUCAAGACCCUCCGGAAACCCGAGUUUUUCGGUCAGUACGGCAACAUCCUCAAGAUUUCCAUUAGCAGUCGCAAGGGCACCGACGGUCACAACCAGUCUCUCGGCGUUUAUGUGACGUUUGAGAAGAAGGAGGACGCUGGCCGGUGCAUUCAGGCUGUUAAUGGCUCCCAAAACGGCGAUAGGGUGCUGAGGGCGCAGCUAGGAACAACCAAGUACUGCUCGGCCUGGCUGAGGCAUGAACAGUGCGGUAAUCGACAGUGCAUGUUCCUCCACGAGUUGGGGGAUGAGGAGGAUAGCUACAGCCGACAGGAUCUAUCUUCGAUGAACAGCAUCAACUCGCAGCGACCUAUCCAAAACGCCGGCUCCUCCCGUUCCGCGUCGAGACAACAAGCUCACCCGUCCCCAUCCCCCGCCAUCGCGCAUCCCAUGGUGAGAAGCUCCAGCAAAGACGGCUCCGACAACGGCGAUGCCCCAGCACUACCGGCCUCGGCGAACUGGGCGCGUAACCCGCAGGUUCGUAGCCGACGGGGCAGUCACGCCACUAGCGCCGCGGCCCCCAGUCCGGCGAUCUCGAACUCACUGCCGGUAACUGCCGAAUCGGCUGUCGAAGACGCGCCAGCUGAACCCUCUACCGGCGCGGGUCCCUCUCGGGAUACCCCGGCAGCAGUUUCCAAGAGGCCCAGCGCUAGCCCGGCGGUCGAGAAGGCGAAGCGGAUCCCGCACGACGCUCUCAAGUCCUUGUUGAAAUCACUUGAGGGGUGCUCACUUGCAUGGCCUAAACCCGGCGGCGACAUACCUGACGAGGAGUUUAACAAGCUCUACCCCCCGCUCUUCGAUGUCCGUGGUGGCAUGCGCCGGCGAGCUAUGCGCGCAUCCGAAGAUACCAGCAGCGUGGACGAUCAGCAAUCGAGCGCCGCCCGGGAGCCCUCGGAAGACGAACCCGAGAGCAGUGGAAGUCUGGCUUUGGGCGGUGAACCCGAGGAUCGGGAGCAUGGUCGCGAGGGCCCUAGCUUCGACCCCCGGCGAGCCGCGCAGCCGCCUAUUCAAAGAGGCAGUACGGAUGGGCUUUUUGGCCAGGCCGUCGGUUCCGCCUUUACACAGCCGGGCGCGAAUCUAGGCUCAAUCGGCGGCAGCCGCACCAUGACACCGCAACAGCCGGCGUUCAUGCGACAGCCGAGCAACUUUGUCGACCACCUGUCUGCGCAGCCGAACUUGUUCCAGGGACAGGGUCACAAUCGCCAGGGCUCGCGUUUUAGCUUCGCCAACGAAGGAAGAGAGACCGCUUCGGCUACGUCCGUGAAGCUGGCGGCGAACCCCCGGAUCAUGGCGCAGCAAUCGUCGAUGAUGCCGUCGUCCUUCCACAACCAACCUGGUGGUCAGUUUUACGCCAGUUCUGUCCCCGGACCCCCGCCAGGGCUCAAGUCGACGGGCACACCACCGGGCGUGUUUGGGCAGCACAGCUUUGGGUCGGCCGCAUUCGGCGGCGCUUCGAAGGACACCAACGAGAUGCUGCAGAUUUUCCGCAGCCGGGGUGCGGGCAGCCAGGCGCAUGAUGCCGGAAAGCGUGAGUACAUGUUCUCUUCCUUUCCUAACCAGUACCCACCCUCCACCUCAUCCACCCCAGCUCCUGCCUCGAGCCACCUGGCAACGCUCUACGGUUCUCAGCCUGGAGCCUUCCAUGAUUUGGGUUCAAAGCAGAAGAAGAAGGGGAAGAAGCACAGACACGCUAACACUUCCUCCUCUGGGGGGAGUGGCCUAGUUGAUCUUGCGGACCCGAGUAUCCUGCAGGCGAGGAUGCAGUCCCAGCAGCAUCUGCAGCAACAGAGCAAUGCCGGUCUCGGACAGGGACUGUUCGGUGGUCAGUCGCAAGGUGGGUACACGAACCCGGGCAUGAUGUAUAACCCGGGAUACCGGGCCUGGUGAUUUCGGUACUGCGACAUUUACGAUUUCUAUUGAUUCAUCUCUUCACGGGAGGGGCGGCACCCGGUUUUGUUGUUUUUCUUUCCUUUUUUUGUCAAAUUAUAUAUUACGGCGGCGUCGCUGGCAACGAAGGGUAUGAGGGUUCAAGAGGCAACGCCUUGAUUCCGUGGAGCAUCGCCCGAGCGCCGGCUCCGAGGGAGGAGCCGCCUCGGGCUGGCGUCAUUUGCAUUUUGGGCGAAAAAGCACGGUGCCUUUCUCCGGGGGUUCGCAAACUUGGGCUCACUUUGUCCUGUUGG